UACACGUCGGAAGCACGAGGCCUAGUGCGUUUUUUAGUACAUGCCGGGUGCUCACAAGAAUCUAUUGGGAGAGUUGUCAGUAGAAUUGCAAAGCUUGCAGGAAUAUCAACAAACCAUGCCAUGAGCUGUUGUUCUGUGGCUAGGGCACUGAUCGAGGGGGGAGUUGUGAGUCGUGUCCGACUUGGUUUUGAAAUUAAAAAUGCGGAGGGCCUCACAAUUAGUAAUGGUGGGACAACUCACAAGAAUGUGAAUUACGAAUCACGAUUUGUCGAGUUGAAAGCCUCCUCUUAUGCAAAGGGUGAGACCUGCAGUGAUGCGCCAAAGAAGCAGGCUCGCCUUAUCUCUGUUGGUAUCAGCCAUCAUGCAUCAGCCACACCAGUG